UAAACAAUGCUAUCUAGACUUCUGAACUUUGUUCCAGGAAGCAUCACAGGAAAAACAAGCCUCGUCAUGGAAAAAUGACACCAAAACAUGUAAGAGGCCUAUGGAAUCUCAGGCAGACACAUCCAGCAUCGAGUCAGUGGAGAGCUGUACCUUGGACCUACCGACAGCAUGUGACAUCAGAGGUCAGGAAGCAUCCCUGGGAGCCAGCCAGGGAGCCAGCAGCAAGUCUCUGAGUUCUCUGGAAUCCCAUUCUUUCCCUUGUUCUUCGACUGCUGAUCCAGAUAGCAGUUCUCUAAACACUGAGCAAAAGGAAGGCUCCUGGGACUCUGAGAACUUCUGGCUUGAGCCUUCUGGGAAAGGCCAGCUGGAGACCAGUGAAGACGAGGAUGGCCUUCGGAACUCACUGGACAGAUUCUAUGAAGCAUUUGCCGAUCCACUGCCAGGCUCCGGGGAUCCGCUCUCUGCCCCUGUGUGUCAGUGCCUGUCUCAGAUGAUCUCUGAACUUGAGGGCCAAGAGAGCCAAAAGUACGCUCUCCGCAGUUUCCAGAUGGCGCGGGUCAUCUUCAACCGGGAUGGCUGCUCUAUUUUAAAGCAGCAUUCCAGGGGAACCCGCUUCUACCCUCUGGAGCAAGGAGGCAACUCUGUAGAGGACCAAGAGCCCACCCCAGGGCUGUCAAGAGAGAUCAUUCGUUUCCUCUUGGAGCAGCCAGUAAUGAAAGACUUGUAGCUGGUGCUGGUGCGAAAGUCAGCAAUGCUGGAGGGGAAGUGCGCCAGCUUGG